AAUCCGGAAACAGGGACGAUUUGCUUGAAAGAGUGAAAACUUUACUGCUUCUUCGAGUUCCAGCUAGUUCAUUUACUUUGCAAAACACUUAACGCUGCAGCAUUAAGACCUUUUUGAUACAAAGAAGGCGUAAUUAGGCUUCUCUCCAAAAGCUUAUCUGUGAUUUUUAUGGCAUAAAGUGUUAAAAAUGUCUGUCCUAAUGAAGGAGGGAUUUUAUCGCAUUGAGUUGAACAAAACUGUAUGGGAAGUUCCGCAGCGAUAUCAGAUGCUCACACCUGUUGGUGUUGGGGCUUAUGGACAGGUUUGUUCUGCAUUGGACACACAGAGAAAUAUGAAGGUGGCCAUUAAGAAGUUGGCUCGGCCAUUUCAGACUGCUAUUCAUGCGAAGAGAACAUACAGGGAAUUAAGAAUGCUGAAGCAUAUGUGCCAUGAAAAUAUGAUCGGAUUGCUGGAUGUUUUUACACCGACAACAACCUUUGAGGAUUUUAAUGAUGUGUAUCUGGUUACGCAUCUGAUGGGGGCAGACCUCAACAACAUCCUGAAAACACAGAAACUAAGUGACGACCAUGUACAGUUUCUUAUCUAUCAAAUUCUCCGAGGGCUCAAGUACAUACACUCAGCUGGCAUCAUACACCGAGAUUUGAAGCCAAGUAACAUUGCUGUCAAUGAAGAUUGUGAAUUGAAGAUUCUGGAUUUUGGUCUUGCACGUCAUGCAGAUGAUGAGAUGACAGGAUAUGUCGCAACACGCUGGUUUCGCGCCCCAGAAAUUAUGCUGAGCUGGAUGAGAUAUAACUACAAUGUUGACAUUUGGUCUGUUGGAUGUAUAAUGGCUGAAAUGCUCACUGGACGGCCACUUUUCCCAGGCACAGAUCACAUUGAUCAACUUACCAAGAUUUUGUCUUUAGUGGGCACGCCUGGAGAAGCUUUACUUAAAAAGAUAACAAGCAAUGACGCAAGGAAUUUCAUUGAAUCUUUACCAAAGUGGAAGAAAAAAAACUUUUCAGAAGUGUUUAUAGGAGCUAGUCCAUUAGCCAUUGAUCUGUUGGAGAAAAUGUUGGAUUUGGAUGCCGACACCCGCAUUGAUGCCACUGCCGCUCUUGCUCACCCGUAUUUAAGACAAUAUGCAGAUUCGUCCGAUGAACCCACGGCAGAGGUCUUCGAUCAGACUUUCGAAGAUCAAAAUCUGACUAUUCCAGAAUGGAAGCGCUUGGUGUAUCAAGAAGUUCAGAGCGUGCACCCCGUACAGAGAUAAUAAGUGUAUGUUUUGAAACCAGGAUCCUGUAUGUGAACGUGUGUAUUCGGCGUAGAAUACAUGGACUUUGUUUAGAUGUUUCAGCAGCUUACGGGUUGUGUAGGCUUUAAAAACAACAACACUGUCACACACAUUUGAGAAUGGCACUGCAAAACCCGUUUAUAUAGUGAGAGAAACAAGUAUGGGAACACUUUGAUAUAUGGUAGACCAAGUUUAAUUCACUACUAGCAUAGUAAUGUCUGUAUAUAAUUUAAUGAUGUAGGGGCCGAAUUUGCAUAGCCUGUUUAUGUCUUACACGCAUGUAACUACAUACUUUUACGAGGCUUAAACACCUGUGUUUUAAACAACAACAGGCUUCAUAAAUUAGGCCUGUAAUUUGCCAUUGAAUGCCAGUAAUGUGGGAUUGAGUGCGAGUAAGGUGGGAUUGAGUGUGAGUAAUACGGUUGAAUUGUUGAUACUGUGGAUAAAGGUUUUGGUUGCAUUCACUCUCUGCUGUCAGUCUUUCUGCGAGCCUUUAUUUCAUUCCAUAGUAUAAAAUAAAAAGAUAUAAAAAUGAAUUGGUUACUGUCUUUAGGAGUGUUUUAAUGGCAAAUGGGAAGGAGUAAGGCUGCUCCACUGAUAUUUCUCUCACUAACAACUAACCGUUAACCCUUUCGUGACGUGACAGUAUGCAGCGUGCUGUUACUGUAAUUUUACAUUGUGAACAUAAUGGGUAUGUUAAUGUAAUUUUACAUUGUGCACAUAGUGGUGCACUGCAUGCCGUUAAUGUAAUUUUACAUUGUGGACAUAGUGACAUGCUAUUUAUUUGCUCAGUCCAUGGCAUCAUUCCAGGAAAGACACUGUCCUUGACAGACAGCCCAGAUAGUUGAGAUGUUUCUUCAGGACAUUGGACUUGAACCUAAAGUUUUGUAGUUCAAAUAGAAUUGCUAUAAAGACACUGUUGGUAAUGAGCCUGACUACAAACCUUGCGAGCCCUAUCAUGUACCAAUUAUAAAAUACCACAUGACACUUAAAAAUGCAUAUUAUUGUCAUCGAUUUAAGUAUUUUAUUAAUAAUCGUGCAUUUUUGUUUUGUUAUACACAAGCCAACAGUGUAUUGACAGAUUAGUACAGUACAGUGAUUAACUGAACUUAGCCUGAUCUCAGACAAAUGGCAUUUCCCCCCUAUGACAGUCAACUGGUCCAAACAUCCCAACAGCCAAUGGGAUGGCUAAAAUCUUCCAAUGAGUCCUCUCUUCUUGUUCCAGUCACAUGACUGAAGUUCUUUUUCUCCCCUUCACUUAUACAAUGUUUAUUCCUGGGCCUAUGUUUAUAAAACUUUUUAGAGUCCAGACUCAAUCUCUAAUGACAUCACAUGCAUACAAUAUGUAUGGCAUUGUCAUGACAUUAGUGUCUCAGACCCUAUUAGAGUAUUGAGUCUAGAUUCUAAACGUUUUAUAAGCACCAGGCCAGGUUUCACUCAUAACCUUUCAGCCAAUUCUGUGAUAAGAAUCAAAGCACAAAAUAGCAUGUUGGAAAACUAGCUCUUAUUUUCUGGGUGUUUUCUGUCAUUUCAAUAAGUGCAGGACACUUUUUUUCUUCUCUUUUUUUAUUAAUUAUAUAUUAUUAUUACCAUUAGCAACCUCCAAAAUAAGAAAAUGUCUAUAGUGAAAAAACAUUUUGGUUAAAAAAAAAAUAUAUAAGUGUCAUGAAGAAUUAAAAACUAAUCUCCAUGGUAGUGCAGGAGUUGAAUUAAGACAUUUUGUAGGAGACCACUGGAUGCAUAUGCUAUAAAAGUUAAAGAAUCCAACAUAAUGUAUUUCAAGUAGUAGGCUCACGGACUGGCCUGAAAAUUAUGCACUGCUUAGAUAUUUAUUUAUUAAAGGACAAUCAGCUUGAUAGGAUUCCAACCGCACAUGGAAAUGGGGUGAACAAAAUUUAAGUUUGUGAUUUAUAAAGAGUAAAGUUCAAGGAAUGAAACCAAAGCCUGUCUGCAUACAAUGCUAAAUGCUGGGAGCAAAUUGGUUGAAAUUUAGGAUUUUGUUUGAAUUUCAAGAAUGAUUUGAUGAUAUUUUAAGGCAGUAACCAAUUAUUUUAUUUAAACCACAUGCCCACAAGAAUGGAUGAAAAGGUUGUAUUUAUAACAUGGAUUAUCUCUAAAACCAUCUGUUGUACAAUAUGCCUAGUCUGUAUAUUUUGAUACAGAAUAGCAUAUAAUAGGCUAACUUUGACAUGUCACACAAGCUAGAUUUUAAACUAAAUAGGUUAAUUUUUAUUGCAUUAUUGUAACAUACAUCCCCAUAAUCGAUAUGCAUGUUGAAAUCAACGUAUAAAAUAUGCCUAGUCAACAAAUAUAAAUACAUUCAAUCAUAUUUUGUCAUAUGAUAGGCUAUAUCCCCAUAUUAAUAAAAAAUAAUAUAUAAAGGUAUAUUUAACCAUCAGGUCUUUGUUGCAGCCUGCAUAAUUCAUAAAGGCUGUCAUUGCUGUUGCUGUACAUCAUUGUGAAAAAUUUGAUUUUUGCUGGCAUUUAUCAUUAUUGGGUAUUUACUUUGAAAGGGCCAUCUUAUGAUGAUUCUAAUAUCAGGUUUGUGUUUGUAAAUACUGUGAUUGCAGAUUAUAAGGAAAUAUAUUUUAAAGAAUUGUACAGUAUGUAACAGACUUCUUCUUCUAUUGACAAAGUUGUACAGGGAAAAGGUAAACAUAGUAAUUGAUUAAACACACGGCAAAUUACAUGUGCAUGUAUGUAUGAACAUUAUAUAAUAUAUAUUUGUUUUUCUUGUUAUCUAAUUUGUGAAGAAUGCCAAUUUCCACCAUUGUCCAUUGCAGCCAAAGAGUAUAUUGUUUUUGAAAGUUGUACAUUUCAAAUUAUUACUUAAUUUAUCCUGGUCUUUGCUUUUAGUGCUAUUCUCAAUCAAUUUCAGAAUGAGCGCAGAGCUGUGCUGAUGUUAUAACAUGAGUGUGUAGAAUGUGUAAUUUCAUUAACAAACAUUUCAAAACACAUCAUUCUUUAACAUUUGUGUUCCCUCAGUUUAAUUAUGAUGUAGUCUUAGGGUUUUUUUUUAGAUUUGCUUGAUCCAAGAAUUGACAGUGAUGUACGUGUGUGUGGUAUGUGUGUCUGUGUGUGGGUGGGUGGGUGUGUUGUGUGUGUGGUAACACAAAUAUGGUGUAUAUUAUAUUAUACAUGGAUGACAUAAUGUGUGUGUAUAUAUUUUAUGUAUCCUAGCUCAUUAUGACACCAAGGUGUAAGGUGUGCUGCACCCAUGCCAUGAACUGUAAUAUUACCAAUUGUGUAGACACUUUUUUUUUUCUUUUUUUUUGUUGCUAGUAAUGAAAACCUUUUUCUCAGGCCAUUUAUAUUUUAAAGUAAAUUUUUAAUGUAGCUUUUCUUGUAUUGCGAAAUGUUUUCUGACUCGUAUCUUUAUUUAUUAACAUAGUUACACUUUUAUGUGACUUAGAAUGAUUUUAAUUAAUGUAUAUUAUAUAAGCAUGUGGAACAUUUGAUUGGCUAAUCCCUUUGAUUUCUUAAUUAUGCAUCUUGUUAUUCCUUGCUCUGUACAGGUCUCUGUACAAUUGAAAGUUUGUGUUUCACAUCAUGACCAUGUAAAUGAUGUCCUAAAGUCACUGCACUAUCGAAAAAUGGGUUACGCAAAACAAGAUUUGCAUGAACAACACCCAAACGAAAUGAUCAUUCUCGCAGUUUUCAGAGAAGUUGUGUUAAAUAUCGCUAUUUUGUGCUUUUGGCAAUUUUAGUUUAUUUUUAAGCAAUUUUUAUAAUGGGAUGGGGAAUGGAGUAUAAAGUAUAAUUUGACUGCCACGGUACUCGCCAAUGUUCUUAAAACGUUCCUGCUAUAUCACACAUAUCCUUCUUUACAUUCUGGAAGUUUUCAUAUAGGGCACUCAAAGUAGGUCAGCUUCUUGGUUGAUGAAGGGCAAGAACUCUUGUCAAAUAUUGAUAUCGGGCAAUGGGGUGGCGAUGCCGACUACUGCUUUUAUUAUAGUAGUGAUGUGCUUCCAUUCCCAAACUAUUUUGUUCUUUUGUACCCAACUAGAGCUAGCUGAUCAAGGUUAACCCUUUUUUUUUCUUCACUUUUGACAUAAUUUUUCAUUACUUUUGAAUCAUUCAUUUACAGACACCCAGUAGCUUAUUAUUAGUCCCCUACCAGUCCAACCAGAGGGGACUAUAGGUUUCAUGUCUUGUCUGUCUUUCUGUCCGUCCGUCUCUCCCACAUAUAGUUUUCCGGAUGGUGUUUUAGAAUGCCUUGAGAUACUGAGCUGAAAUUUUGUGUAUAGCUUUAUCAUGUACUGUUACAGAUCAAGUUUGACUUUCAAUGUCAUUUAACUAUUUUUGACAGAGUUAUGGCCUUUGAACAUAUGAGAUGUGAGAUGUUUUUCAGACAGCCUUGAUAUAUUGAGCUGAAAUUUGGUUUAUAGCAUUAUAAUGGACUGUUAGAGAUCAGGUUUGACUUUCAUGGCAAUUUACCCACUUUUCACAAAGGGAUGUCCCUUAAAUUUAGGAGAUAAGAAAAAUCGUUAGGUUCGGUAGGGGACAUGUAUUGCUUUAUUCAUCUUGAUGUGUUGUUAAACAGCCAUCCAUGCAUCAUGUUUGAGUCCAGCUUAUAGCUAUGGCUUUUUUCUCUCUCUCUUGUUUUUCUUAGCAGCAUGCAAAAGCUGAUGAUUUUAUUGUUCAGCUUUCAGCAAUCAUGUUUAUGUGAUAGAAGCACCUCCAAGAAUUUUAUAGACAUUUUUUUAUAAAUCAGAUUUUAUUAUUAAACUGUUAUUUGUUCUUGUGUCUCAUCAUAAAGACUUCACAAAGAGCAAAAUUCCUGCCUACAGCUAAUUGGGCCUAACUCUGGGUGAGCAGAAAAUUUCGCCAAAUUAUUCAUUAAACUUUAAAAAAAAUUGAAAUCCAGUUAUUUUCUAACAAAAUAUUAAUUAUUACUAUAUUUUGUCAAAUUAAAAUAGAUUUUGCCAAUUAUUUUAAAACUCGCAAUUGGCAAUGUGCCAGAGUUGGCCCUGCUAUUUUCCUUCUUUUUUUUUCGUUUGCCAUGUGAUGUUGUUCACUUGGCCAACCAAGUGUUAUUAAUGAUUUUGUCAAAUUUAUAUCUAUCAUUUGAAGUGUAUAUUAUAAUAUUGUUAAACAAUAAUAUUUUGAUCUAUGGGCUGGUGGACUGGUAGAAAUACUGGCGGGAUAGUACAUUUUAGUUAGUUCUGGUCCGAUAUUUUCAAUUACUACACCCCUGAGUGUUAUGUGUGCAAUCACAUGAAGUUUCAAAUGCAUUAAAAAAAAAUGUUUUGCAAUCAAUUUGCCACUCUCCUAAAACUUACCUUGCAAGUGUGGAUGGGGAAUGACCACUUGCCUUUCAGGGCGAAGACUGCCUGAGAUGCAAUCCUUGGUAGGAUGCUUUCUGUGGUAAAAAAACCCUUUUACUAACCAGUAGGACUAAUCUUCGGUUAAAACUGUUGUGGUGGUGUUAAACAUUCCAUUUGCAGUGCUUCCCAAACUCCAAUCCUAGGUAAUGUUAAUCGGGCAUAACUUAAUAAAAAAUUAAAAUUAAUUAGAAUUAACAGUAUUUUAAUUAAUGGUGGAAUUUGUAAAUGAACCAAUUGGUUCUUUAGCAUUGCCCAUGAAAAUGUUUUCAUCUAACUAAUGAUUGUUAAUUAAAAUUUAUACCAUUUAUUUUGGUUAUCACUCGAAAUUUUCCCUCUCCCCAUUAUAAAUUAUUCCAAUUUGCCAUGUAAAUUAAAUACCCUUCUGUCCUAUGCUCAGCCACUGGUCAUGCUGGAGAUUGGGCACAGGAUGGAUGUACUUGAACCAUUGAUAGAUAAAGGCACUUUACUUUACUAGAGUUAUUUGCACUUAGUUCUUCAGCUGAGCUGUGUUCAGCCAGACCGAAUGGAAAAACGUCCACUAGACUGGUUUAUGUGUUUAACGGUAAACCAAAUCGCCAAUCAAAUAGUUUGCGAACAUUAGCAAAACGUUUCCUGGCUGAACUUUGGGCAGGUGUAAUGAAUUUUAAAAUCUUGAAUGUUAUAUCCCACCAAUAGUGGAUUUGGGGUUAUUUUGUUUUAUAAUUUGUUCCAUAUUUUUAAUAUAUUUACUCCAUAUUUACUCCACACUGUAGUUAUGGUCUUCACCCAAUGAAGUUCAUAAAAAAACCCACAAAUUAUGCAAAGUUUGUAUCAGACAUUUUACUGAUGCUAAUACAAUUUUGGUACAAAAUAGAAUUUUUAACUUUUAAUCCUUACUACACAGAUGGAUCGAUAUAUAUUUUGUAAUCACUGCUACAAGUGCCAAGUUGCUCUGUAUCUAUGCAGGUGUGUUUUUGACAAUUCUAGUAAUGCUAAAUGAAUUUUUCUACUUGUGACUUAAUAUUUACACUCGACUAUGGUGUAGACUGAAAUAUAUUUAAUGUGUUGACACUGUUCUUGUUUGGUAAUAAUACUGUUAAUGAGUGCAAAGAAUUUAUCCACCUAUUUAGCUGUAGGUGUACAAGUAUAUUUUGUAUAUAAGAAGAGACUGAAUAUUUGAUUGUAAUUGUAUAUAAUGUAGAGAUAAAGGUGAACAGAUGUUUUAGUUUUUUUUGAAAAACCAAAUAUAUAAUCUGAUUAAAACCCGAUCUUACUCUCCAAUCAUGAAAGAGUAACCUGUGUGGCAGCAGCGGGUUUCCUCCUUACAAAAUGUACUGAGGUGUCAUUAAACAAAUAUCUUUUUCCUUACCAAAUUACAGUCCAAUCUGCUUUGAAAAUGUGACGAGUCACAUGUCUUGUCCAAGUGAAUUGUCUUUAUGAAUGUGUUAUGCUGCUGACAGAUUUAUUACAGCAGUGAUUUGAUUGGUCAAAUGAAAGGUCACGAGGAUGUGGGAUAACAUUGAUUUGUUAACUGACAUCUUCAAGAUAGUGGAAAAUACAAUUAGGAUUUUAGUCAGACUAAUAAAACUGACAGAUGUUAAAUUUCCAGUGAAUUAUUUGCAUGUGAUUUUUUUUUUUUUUGGUCUCUUCUAAGAAUGAUUUCAUAAUUUCAGUUUGUUAACCAGUGCUAGGUAAAUUAUUCUGCUGGUCACUCUCAAUUACUAGUGUACAAAACCACCUCGGCAAUUAUUUUUUAAAAAAUAGAUGGUUGUUGCAAUACAACCCAUCUUUGUAGUAGUAGUAGUAGUAAGCCAGAUUUGUAUUAAGUCGAUGAUUUUCAUGAGUGUCAGGUCACCAAAAACACCUUUUUUUUGUUUUCUUUUUUUAAAUGAUGAAUAUUGUUUUAAUUAAUCAAAAGCUGUUGUUGAUAUGAAAAGAGUUGAUUUGUUUGUAGAAAUCUAUUUAGGUAUUGAAUGUAGUAGUAUAUCUGUAUAUAGAAAGAAAUUCACUACUCGAUUGCCAUUGUUCAUGUAUAUAGACAUUAUAUAUAAAACUGUAUGCAUACAGAAUGCAUGUAUAUUCAAACAAAAUAAAUCUCAAGGAGUUUGCAUUUUC